AUGCCUCGUCUUCCGAGCGACCCGAAUUUGAGUUUUUGUCCUAAUUAUGCAGAUGACGCCUUCAUUAACACGAGGCUUCAACUAACCAAUGAGAAUAUCACUGAAGCUCAGGCUAUUGUAAUACUCAGGAACAUAUGGCAAGCGGAGAACGAUGCCACAAAGCUUCAAUGGCAAGAACAGCUAAACGAAGACAGAGACAGACUCAAGAACGAGGAGCAAGAAAGGCAGGAGCAAGAGACCCAUGACAAGGAGGAAGCAGCGCGGAAAGAAGAUAGGAAAAAGAACAAGCAUAAAUACACUGCGGUUCCAAAUCUUGACGUCCCUCUGAAGGCCACAAUCCUUCCAUCUUCCUAUGCUUUAUGCAAACUCGACAAGGGCGAGUACAUUGAGCUAUGGUACUUUACCAACGACGGUCUUGACGAUGCGAAACUCAAGAGUUCUGUCGAUGAAGACGCCAUGAUCAUGGCCACUGUUACAAGUAACAUCGGCUACAUGGCCCCCCUAUCAUUUUUCCCCUUUGUCCUUGCCCUCGUAUGCCUCCAGCUCGUACUUCUCUACCGACUAUCCGUUGACCGGAUCCUCGGGACCAUUCCCGUCCCUCAUCCCCCUCCUAUCGCACCAACGUGCGCACGUGCCUUCAGGCUAUGA